AUGGCCAAAGUGUGCAUCAUAACCGGCGGAACCCAAGGCAUCGGCAGCGCAACAGCCGAACUCCUCGCCUCACAAGGCUGGCGCGUCGUCGUCUCCGGCCGCAACGCCGCCAACGGGCAGAAGGUCGUCGAGCGCAUCACGGCCGCCAAUGGCACCGCAACAUUCAUCCGCACCGACGUGACCAGCCUCGACGACAUCAAGCACCUGCACGAGCAGACGAUCAAGACCUACGGCCGUCUUGACGCGGCGGUCAACAAUGCGGGCAUUUCAACCGAGCUGCAGCCCCUGGGUGACUCCUCGACCGACGAGUUCGAGCGCAUGUGGCAGGUCAACGUCCGUGGUGUUUACUGGUGCAUGCAGGAGCAGAUCAGGCUCAUGCUGCCGAACGGAAAGGGGCAUAUCGUGAAUAUGUCGUCUGCGGCGGGGCUGCACGGGGUGCCACGGGCGGGAGCUUAUACCGCGACGAAGCAUGCGGUUGUUGGGUUGACACGUGUAGCAGCCCUGGAGUACGCGCAGCAAGGCUUGUAUAUCACGGCUGUGGCGCCUGGGAUGAUCUGGACGGAGAUUAACGAGAAUUUGGCCAAGAUCGCUGGGAUGACGAAGCAGGAUUUUGCGGAGUUUAUGCCGGUGAAGAAGGUCGCGGGGCCGGAUGAGAUUGCGCGCGCAGUAGCGUUUUUGCUGGCUUCGGAGUUUGCGACGGGCAGCGUGCUUGAGGUUGAUGGGGGGUUUGGAGCGGGGUGA